AUGACGAGCGCAGUCCAAGCUGUCCUGAGCGAACUAGGCUGGGGCGACGGGUUCCGCAUCCCCAUCGCCAAUGCCGCGAACAAACGCCUGGAGGAGGAGAUCGAGCGCAAGACGCGGGAGCGCGCGGCGCUCCGCACGCGACUGGCCAACCUCGAGGAGCUAACGAGCGAGAUCCAGAAGCACGGGACGGACGUGCGCCAGGAGCAGAGCCAGAACCAGCGGCUGUUGGCUGCCCACGCGGCCCAACUCGAGGCGGAGAAGCACCUGUACGGCCUGUCCCGGAUGGAGGAGGGCCGGCUGAGGCGCGAGUCCAAGCUGGCCGCGCGAGAGACCAGCGAGACCGAGGAGAGGACGGCGGUGUUGAAGCAACGUCUGGCCAAGUCGAGCCGCAAACUCGAGGACACCAAGCGGGGCAUUGCCCUCGACAAGGAGAGCCUCGCCGACUGGGAGGAAAAGCUCAACCGGGCCGAGGAGAAGAACCUCGUGAUCGAGCACUUUGUCCGCACCGACGACAAGAGCUUCAAGAAAAUCGAGCUCGAGCGCCGGAGCCUCAGCGACAAGGCCGACACCUACCGUCGGACCAUCCUCAAAGCCGACUCCGAUGUCCGGGAAUUGGAGCUGGUGCUGAGCGAGACGGCCCGGUAUUACAGCCAAGCGGUGAAGGACCGCCGGCACCUGAUGGACCAGUGGUCGCAGAGCGUCCGCGCGCUCAAGCAACGAGGCAAGGCCAUCAGCGACGCCCGCCAAGAAAUGAACUCGCUGCGCGAGAGGGCCAAGGCGCGGAUGGACGCGUACGAGGAGGCAGAGCGCUUCCUCGAGAUCCAGGUGUCCGAGAACAGGGAGCUCGAGUACGGCAUCCGAGGGGCCGAGCGGGAGCUCGUGAAGCAGCGCGACGAGCGCCACAGGGCGACAGAGGCCAUGGACGCCCUGGCGGUCGAGCUGGUGGCCAAGAGGAAGGAGCUGCAGGAGGUGACGCGCCGAACGGUUGACACGCGGGCCAACGGUAAGCGCAAGAGGGCCGAGGUCGAGGAGAGCCGGGUCAAGCUGGACGAGUGCAAGAGGCGGGUGCGCGACCUCAAGGAGACCCUCAAAAACAUCGACUGGCAGACCAUGAACGUCGAGGAGAGGACGAGGCAGCUGCAGGAUAUGCUCGAGAGGGAGGAGAAGCGCAAGGCGACGAUCAAUCGGGAGAUCAAGCGACAGCAGGACCUGAUAACGCGCGCGGAAGCCCGGCUAGCCGAGCUAGACAACGAGCGGAAGAUGGUGGCGAUGCAGCAGCAGGCCGAGUCGAAGCGGUGGGAGCGGCUGGUGGCCGAGCUGUCGAGGCAAAAAAAGCUGCUCAAGGAGAAGAAGGAGUGCGCGUACCGGGCCGACGUGGAGUUGCAGAGGCACGAGUUGAGGCUCCAGGUGAUGCUGGGCCAGGAGAACGACAAGGACAAGCUCGAGGCGAAGCAGGAAAGGAUCAAACAGCUGAGCCGGGUGCUCAAGGACAAGUCCGAGAUGCUCAAGGCUCUCCAGGCACAGAUGGCUCAGGUCGAGAACGACGUAAGAAAGCUGACGAGCGAGAUGGUGAGCAAGAACGAGGAGCUGCAACAACUGAGGGACAAAAAGCAGGAGUUGUGCUUGCUGCUGGACGGCGGUGAGAAGCAGCUGAAAGCGGCCCAGUCGAGCCACGAGGGCAGACAGGUGGACGAGAACAUGCUUAAACUCAAGGUCAGGGAGGCCGAGAGGAUAGCGUCCAAAGUCGGGGGCAAGCUGUACACCCUCGAGAAGUUGGCCCUCGAAAUGGAAGCGGCGAUGCAAGAGCGGAUGUCCGAGAUAAAGGCGCAAAAGGAGGGCCUGGUGCUGAGGAGGCGGCUCGCCCAGGCGGAUUGCGCUGAGCUGCGGGGCCAGGUGGUCGAGCGCAAGGCCCGGGUGCAACAGCUGCAGGCGCGCUACGGCAUAAUAGUCGCCUGCCUCGGCACGAAUCCCGAGGACGGGACACCCCUGGACACGACCUACCUGAAGAUCCAGAGCGCCCAGGAGCGCUACGUCCUCCAAGAGCACGGCGACCAGCUCGACCGGGCCAUACGCAAAGCCGAGCACGAGAUACGAAGCAUGGAGAACACCCUCAAGCUGGUAAACGCGUGCAAUGCCAAGUACAAGGACAAUUUGUCGCUGGUGGAGGACGGGGCGCCCGAGGUUGCGGAGCAGGCCCGGUUGGACGAGGAGACGACCCGGGUCCUCGAGACCAUGGGCCAGAAGAGGCGAGCGCUCGACCGCGCGCUCGAGGACUGCAAGAGGAUGGAAGAGAAUUGCGCUCAGCUGGACGAGGACGUGAAGAGAAUAAAGGAGGAGAAGGAGGACAAGAGGCAGACCGUCGCCGAUCUCGAGCAGCAGAUAACCGAACAGGGGGAGAAAAUCUCGAGGGCCGACAAAAACCUCCGGAGGAUCCUCAAGGAUAUUCGCGACAAGUGCGUCUGCACCUCCAACGAGUCCAUGUUGUUGCAGGAGAGGGACAUUGAGCUGCGCGAGCUCCAGGAGCUGAACCAGUUGGCGCUGCAGCGGAUAGCCGAGUUCACGAUUCGCCACGUGGAGGCCGAAGCUUAUGUCAAAAAGUUGCUGGACGAGCGGGGUAUAGCCUUGCCCAGUGCCUACUACCUCAGGCUGCAGCAGCAGUACUCGAGCAGGUGCGAGAGCACGGCUAGCUCGUACGGGGCCAGCAGUAGCCGGGUACAGAACAAUUCUGGAAGGGACAUGGUUGUCGGUUCGAUCGUACAAUUGGAACCGCAGUUUGAAGCAAUGGGUUCAGCAAAGUCUCUCAAGGUAUCGAGUUCAAGGUCGCAAAGACAGACACCAAAGAAGAAAAAGUGA